AUGGUGAGGAUGUAUAAAAGUACUCGAUGUGGUUUUAAAUUAUUUUCACGUGAAAGUGCAAGAAAAAUUUUUUUACAAAUGGUAUUUGAUGUUGAACUUUUAUAUAUUGUAGAACAAUUAAAAUUUUCAAUUUAUGAAAUUGAUAUUAAUUGGCAAGAAAUUUCAGGUUCAAAAAUUGAUCCAUUUACAGCUUCAUUUCAAAUGAAUAUUGAUAUAUUAGCAAUUUGA